AUGUCCAAAUCCUAUAACUGGGAUCAAAUCCGACAGCAAGUCAGAACAUUUCGGGCCCAAAUUCACGCAAGCUUUCCUGCCCAAGCAUUGGCCGUCAUCAAAGAUUUCGCCAUUGAUGCUUCGUCCUCCACACUUUAUUUCCUCGCCAACAACAUUACAGACGACGGCAGUCUUAGUCGCCAUUUAGCACUGUAUAAAGUAGACUUUGCUGGAUUUCUCUCGGAUAAUGAUAUCUUGUCUGCAAAAGAUACCUCGGUCAACGGCAAGCUGCACAAGGGAAACGAGGGAAACUUGAACAAGUUGUCUACGUUACCAGUUCUCACUUGGUCGAAAGCGUUCCUUGGUGACAUGGCCUCUAACCCGUCCAAUGAUUCACCCAUGCUGUCAGAGGUCUCGAUGCCACCCCAAGGCGUCACUUACUAUGAAUACUCGAGCGGAAGAAUGCUCAUCGUCUUUGGUAACGAUAAUCGUAUGUACGUUCGAGACAAUGGCAUGAUGCCGGUGCUGGUUCCUCAGCCAAGUGAAGUUCAAUCGACUUUGCAGGUGCCAUCUUAUUUAUCGAAUUCACCUACUUCACUGUCAACGUGUGCACUUGAUCACACUUCUUCCAAAACCACUUACACCAAAGGUUCCGACGUCGCCGACCGAUGUAUGCGAGCGGAUCCUAAAUUAGGCGGCUAUCACAAUGAGCUCGUGGCUUUUAUUCGCAAUCGAGACAUAUGGGUCUGUAAUCUCGACGGAUGUGAAUUACAGUUGACGUUUUGCGCCCAGGACCCUUCGAAACCGGCAAUCAGCUGCGGUGUGGCGGAAUACAUGAUGCAGGAAGAGUUUCACCGAUUUACGAGCUAUUAUUGGGAACCUGUAACCGAGUCGGAGGUGAAUCGCAUUUUAUAUCUGGAAACGUCAGAAGAAGAGGUCGAUCUGGUGGCGCCGGCUGAUACCGAGGUCAAUUCCGUGGCCGAUAAAACUCCUCCAGAAGCUAUCCGUUACCCGCGCGCUGGACGCCCCAAUGCUAAGAGUUCAGUACGCCUUGUCGAAUUUAAGCCGUCCUUUGGCGAUGACAACAGUUCCAUUGUACAUAAACGGAUUUGGGAUCCCGCCUUGCGCAAGUCGUUCCCUUGGAUAGAGUAUAUUGUUCGAUUCGGCUGGCUUCCGGACAAUCAAAGUGUAUGGUUGCAACUACUUUCGAGGGAUCAAACACGCAUGGUGGUCCUGAGGAUAAGCUGCACACAGUUCAGGACAUUCGAGGAAUUUCAGCGGAUGCAACAGCAAGGAGACACGCCGUCUUUGGAAUUCGAUAUUUUGUGGCAAGAAGAAACCGACAUAUGGAUCAAUAUUGCAGACGCUUAUCAUUUCUUAAACUCGACAUCCGUUGGUCGUACCGAAUUCAUUUGGAGCUCUGAAAAGUCUGGGUUUCGACAUUUGUAUCUAGUGAUCCAAGAUCAUCUUACCGGAACCAGCACCGUACGACAACUGACAGAAGGAGAUUGGUGUGUUACAGAUAAAUCAAUUCAGGUAGAUGAAGGGCGUCAAUUGGUUUUCUUUACUGCCAAACAUCCUUCCGAUCUGGAAACCCAUCUCUAUGUCGUGCGUUACAAUGAGCGGAGCACCCCCGUUCUCCUGACGACGCCUGGAUUCAGUCACACCAUUACCAUGAACCUGGAGCUGGGCGUAUUUGUGGACCAGUUUUCUAGCUUAAGCCAGCCACCUGUUUUGGCACUGCGAAAGCUAAACUACAGCUCGCAUGGCGCCUUGCCCACGGUCUCCGACGACAAUACCGUCCUGCUGGCAUCCAUCUUUGACAAAGAGGACGAAAAUGAGUUUGAGGAUACAGGUACAUCGUAUGGCAGUCAGGAUAGUCACAUCACGGUAUCACCGACCUCUCCUCCUGCAAGCGAAUAUAAAUUCAAAAGCAACGAUGUCUGGCUUUGUCCACCAGAUUCUGUCACUGAUGUCACCCAGAACAAGCAAUCGAUACCCCGGGGAGAACUCUUUACAUUUCCUGCCAAUGAUGGAACUCGUCUACAUGGAUGCUUGUAUAAACCAAGGAAUUACGCAGCAGGGAACAGCUACCCCACCAUUCUAUACAUCUAUGGCGGGCCGAAAACGCAAUUGGUGACCAAUGAUUUCAAGUUUGCACGAUUACUUCGUUAUUUGAUGUCGACCUACUUUGGUUUUGCGGUGGUGAUUAUGGAUGGCCGCGGUUCAUGCGAUCGAGGUUUAAAGUUCGAGUCAUAUAUCAAACACAAGCUGGGCAUGAUCGAAUUGAAAGAUCAGAUAGCAGGGCUCCAGUAUCUGGCCAACAGCAAAUUUGGUGCACAAGCGACAGAGGAUGGAAUGUUGCACAGUGUGAUUGACCUGGACCGAGUCGCCGUGACAGGCUGGUCGUAUGGAGGCUACUUGAGUCUCAUGGGAUUGGCUCAGUACCCCGACCUUUUCAAAAUAGCCAUCACCGGAGCCCCCGUGACACGUUGGGAAUUAUACGAUGCUGCCUAUACAGAACGAUACAUGGGCCUGCCGUCCGAGUAUGCGGAUAAUUACGCGCGUAGUAGUGUUCUGCAUUGGAUCGGGCAAUUCCCGGACACUGAUCACCGAUUGCUGAUUGCUCACGGAUAUAUCGACGAGAAUGUUCACUUUCGCAAUACGGAAGAACUUGUCGCUGAGCUCCUGAAGCAUAAGAAACCUCACUACCUGCAAGUAUACCCUACCGAGAAGCACGGGCUGCGGCAUGCCAGUGUCAAUGAACAUUUCGAAACACUCAUGUUUUACUGGCUUGUAAAUCACUUGUAA